CUCUUAUCUUUUUCUUUCUUUAUGGUGCUGGUUCGAGUAUUUGAACGUUCGGUAACGGGCGGCCGCCUUGAGCGCCUUGAGUCCUGCCCGUGACGUCCUUAUUUGUUUAAACCUUAGAAUAUAGAUUUCGUAGCGUUCGCCCAAGGUAGGUGCAUUGCCGGCCCUUACGUAUCAGACUGCCAUGGCGCCUGGACCAUCCAAACUUUCCUUGGUUGCACAAUUCGAUGAUUUUUGCCGAAAGGGAGUCGCAACCACUGAUACCACAACGGAAGAGCGUUUCUUGGAGUUCGUAAGGAACCAAGAAGAGUGUCGUAAGCGCUGGCAUUCUGCUGCUGCAGAGAACGCAGAGUUGAAGAAAAUUGUUGCAUCCCAGAAUGCAACAAUCGUUGAGCUUGAAAGAAAGCUUAUGAAUACCAAACAAAUCUUGCAAAAGGAAAUUCACCGAAGAGAAAAAUGUGAAGAAGAGAAAGAAAGCAAGCUCCGACAGAUAGAGCUCAUUAGAGAGUUCAUUAUGAACGACACAGAGCUACGGGAUGAGACUAUAGAAAAACUUCCAUUUCUAAGACCUACUCCUGAAGACAAACACGAUUACUCAGACAGGCUGGGCACCAUCGAUGAGUCUAUCGGGUCAGCCCUUUCGCCUUCUGGUGACGACUUGGACAUCAGCGAUAGUAGGCCUCGCAGGAGCUCACGUUUCAAAGGUCGAGGGAAACGUCGAUCUAGUGCAGAGCAAAUUUCGGACAGUGGAUCGCCAAUCAAGAAAAAAACCAAGCCUGGCCACCACGAUGGAAAACAGUGCAAACAAGGUGUUGCUCACAGCGAUAAGGCGGAAACGUUGCGACUUCAACCGCAACCUACCAUCUCGAGAAGCGGGGUUGCGACAACGAAAGAUGCGAGGGCUCAGAAAUGUGGCUCAUCGAGUUUCCAACGGCCACGCCAACUUUAUCGUCCGGAGGCGAAAGGGAUGAAAGCCGCUGCGCAGCAGCUACCUGCACGACCAGUCGGCCUGGGGGCAAACGCUCAUGACCAGUCCCUGUGCCGCCGUGCAAGAGAGAAACAACCUCACGGAGUUUGUAGGGAACAUGAUGAAAAUGACUCUGGCUGUGCUAACGUGAUUGCUACUACUACUGUCACCUUGAGGGAUGCAAGGGACCUUGUCGCAACCUCCCGACUGUUCACUCAGCCCUUGACGCCAACUCCAACCGCACCCCCACCACCUCCUUCAGAAACUGCCCCGAAAACCAGGGUCACGCCGAAAUUCACUAGUGGCUCUGCACCCAGCACUCCAGUCGCUCAGCGUCGUGGCGAGAAAGGCUUGGAUGCUACAACACCAAGAAGGAGCAAUUCUGCUGGGAGGCUGCUUUCUAGGGAGCAUAUUUUUUGCCCAAAGACUGUUAUCAAGGCUGAGAGCUGUGGGCCGUGUGGCAAACGCAUCAAGUUCUACAAGACUGCCUACAAAUGCAACCGUUGUCGCUCAGUAUGCCACAUUGAGUGUAAAGAUCAGGUGCCCUUGCCUUGUAUUCCGGCGAGCCAGACCCCUACACAAGGCGGAACAGCAGGUCGCCACGGCCGAAUAAUCUCAGAUUAUGUGCCGCCUACACCGCCAAUGGUCCCAGCUCUUGUUAUUCAUUGCAUACAGGAGGUAGAAAAAAGAGGGAUGCAAGAUGUAGGACUCUAUCGAAUACCUGGGGCAGAACGAGAAGUGCGUGAACUUAGACAGCAGUUCGAACGAGGCAAGGGUGUACCCAACAUGUCAAAGGCUGACAUUCACGCUGUGUGUGGUGUACUGAAGGAUUUCCUGCGGUCCCUACGUGAAACUCUCAUCGUCAAGUCUCUGUGGAAAACGUUCGUCAAUGCAGCACAAGUGGAUGACGGAGACCGCGUGUGGGCCAUGUGGCAGGCAGUGAUGCAGUUGCCACAGCCAAACAGAGACACACUGGCUGCGCUGGUGCUCCACCUGCAGAAUGUGGCCAGCCAUCAUCAGACAAAGAUGCCUAUCAGUAACUUGGCACGUGUCUUUGGACCAACUGUUGUGGGAUUUUCUUCAAAUGAUAUGACUGCAGUGGCCAACUUGCUGGCAGAAACUGAGCAGCAGGCACAGGUGAUGGAAGCUCUCAUGACUGUGCCGGCAGACUAUUGGGAACAACUGUUGGAUGUGGACUCUGAUGAGGAUAUUGGCACCCCUGAGAUAAGAGCUGCACCAGGAAGCACAUUGCUUGGUCCAAUCUAUGGUUCUCUCGGUAGAAAGAACUCUCAAACAACACCGAAAAGACCAGCGCCAUCUAGUUGCAGCAGACUUGCAAGUAGCACAAGUGCCAAAAAGCAGAGAAAUCUCGCCAAAGGGACUUCGUCAGGGCCAAAGAAGAUAAGUUUUUAUUCACCUAUCAUGAAAUGACCUGGGCACCCCAAGAGCCUGCAUUACUUUUUUUUUCUCCUUGUGAAGUGACCCGGCACCCUCCAGUGCCUGCAUUGACUGUGUAUAAGGACCGAUGCUAUGAAUCCGUGGCUUUGUUUCAAUAAAACAUGGCAUCAACAAUUUUCCCUACAUUAUCAAGCAAA